GGCGACGCGACCAGCGGCAGCGACGGAUCGCCCUCCACGACGGCAAAACCUGUCGCUCGUCGCCGUCGCUGUCGCUCGAAAAUCGCGUGCAUGCUGUUGGGCCUUAAGGCAUCAGAGGCAAGUUCAUGACCACAGAAGAAAAGACGCCAGGAAAGCCUGCGAAGUGCAGACAGGUGGACGGUCUGCAGCAUGGUGGUCCUUUCAACCGCUGCCGCUUGGACAGCAGCAGGAGUGGGAGCUCUGCUCGGAUUGCUGACCCCAUGCUGCCUGCUGUGCGUGAUUCACUGCCUAGGAUUCGGUUCCGGCGGAGUUGUGGCAGGUUCCCUGGCCGCCUGCGCACAGUCCUCGAUUGGCGACGUCUCCGAAGGGAGCUUGUUUGCGUGCUGCCAGAGCUGGGGAGCCGCGGGAUGUCACUGCGCAGUUUACAUCACACUCGCCGCUCUCGGAGCAGUAGCCGGGUACUACACCGCCAGUGCCGUCGCUGCGGCUCUGUGAAAUCUACGCAUGCGUCGCCACUGCCCGUCAAGCAAAUGUAACGCAUGAUGAAAACAGCUGAUGGAUGGCGACAAAGAUGCCGUCACUUUUUGAAUGCGUAAUAAAAUGUUCUGA